AUGGCGACGAAGACGAUGACUAUGCCGAAGCACAAGCUGCCCAAGAACCUCAAGCUGCCGCCAGAGAACGAGAGAUAUAUGAGAGCCUGCUCUGAUAUAGCAAAUGCGCUGAUCCAGGACUAUGAAGCGCAGCGGGACGACAAGAAGUCGAAGAAAGAUAUCAACUUGAACAAGCUGCGGGGCACGAUCGCGAAGAAACACUACCUGAGCAAUCUACCGCCGCUGACUGCUAUCAUCGCCGCUGUUCCAGAGCAUUAUAAGAAGUAUAUCCUUCCGAAGCUGAUUGCAAAACCGAUCAGUGACUCUACGCACACCUUCCGCCCUGAACUCACCGGCCAGCAAACUAGUUUGGUUCGAGAACUACAUGUGUACGGCUCUGCGGUGCCAGUUCACGGCCGUGACCCUCGCAAAUUCCAGCAUCGUGGAUUUGGAACAUUGUUGAUGGAGGAAGCUGAGCGGAUAGCUCGCGAGGAGCACGGAAGUCGUAAGAUCAGUGUCAUCUCUGGAGUUGGCGUGCGGAGCUAUUAUGCUAAAUUGGGAUAUUACCUUGACGGAGUCUAUAUGAGCAAAAUGCUUGAUCCCCUUGAUGAUACCGAGGACUCCGACUAG